AUGGCCCUGAAGCUGAACUCGGGCCUGAUCCAUCCCCUUGGAGCACGUUAUUCCCAGCGCGAAGUAUACAUCAGAGGCCGGAGGCCUUUAUGUGCUGAGGUGCUACACGACAAAGACCCUACCAGGGGUCAUUGUAAUCUGGCACACAAUCAGGGGGAGGGUCGGGUUAUCAUCAUAGUUGAUUGCUUUCAAAGCCACAGCGUUUCAAAUUACGUCAGAAUCACAGCGAGUAAGCUGUUGCAAGUACUUUUGUUUCGUUUGUUUUACUGUUGGGUAAACCGGAACUUAACAGCCAAGGACUUGAAGCCCAGACAACUCUAUAACUGAUUCCAAACCAUAUUUUGUUUUAUCGGCCGUGUUCGGGAAGCGUAAGGACACAGAGAGGAGAAAUUGUGAACGGGGUCGACGUUACCCUCACCUCCCUCUCCGAUCAAGUAUCAAUAAAAUGUCCCGGCCACGCAGACUGAAAUGAGAUUAGACGCGGUGGUUAAUUGCGCGAGCCUCCACCAAUGGCCUGCAGCGUCCACUUGUCGCCAGCUUUGGGUUUGACGCGAUGGAGUGUCUGUUUUUCUGGCGAAAUCUCAUUUUCAGCUACGCUGGCUUACACUUGUCACUGGAAUACGACUUAUGGGAAAAGAAGGAAACCCAUGAUGGGCAGCUGCUCCUCAUUAUCAUUCCGUCCGCGCGCUCAAGUCGUCCGACUUUGGCUCCGUUGUGUGUCAUGGUAAGGACGCCAGUAAAGUUGUAUUCCACUAGCAGACCCAGACCUGUCCUAUGAACAAUUACCUAGUCUUUUGAAGCGCAUUCAAAUUAGGUGUUGGGCAUUGAAAGUCGAGGCUGAAAUGUUGGGGUAAUGAGCAGUGCAACAUUGAAGAUCUGCUUGCAGGUUUAUAAUUUCCUCAGAAAUCAACCGCUAACUUGGAGUAAAUCGGUCCAUUUGAGACUUAUAGGCUCAGACUGAAGUUUGAUAGUAAUAUUUGGGCCAUGGCCCGCCAGCCACAGCGGAAUAACCUCGAAAAAUUCAUUAACUCCAUAAGUUGCACGAUAUACCAUACCUGACAGCACAGGUACUCGCUAAAAGCCAAACCACAUGUUUCGCCGACAGGUAGCUGCUUGAGAGCAAGCUGGGUUAUCCGUUUUGUUUGUGGGACUUAUGGGUAUUCAGGGAACUUCUUACAAAUCUGGCUCAAACCUGAAAGGAAAUUUACCACCGCUCAGAAAGGAAGACGCAGAUUUCAUCCGAAAAUUAGUAGUGCUGAUUCACAUAUAAGCGGCCUUUUAAGCUAGUAGGUAUUACUUAAGGCGCCUUGACCGGCAUAUGAAGGACAGACAGACGCCCGUCCCGUGUGUGGCGCUGCCACAGGCCAAAAAUAAGAUCUUAUGAAAAAGGAACCGGUUUGCCUAUCUCGACCAGUUCGAUGUUGUCUACGCAUCACCAACAUGGGAACAUAGCUUGUAAACUCCGCACCCCCUAAACCUCCGACACGCUGACCUUGCUCCCAUUCAUUUGGAGUUAUGAGUGAUUGGUGUUAAGAACACGCAAAUUUUAACGAGCCAGCUUGCUGCUUUUCUUACUUCAUCGUGACAUGCCUACUACUAUAGCGGUAUGGAUACAGAUGCCGUAGGCCAGUACAAAAGUCCUUUAUUUUAAUAAUUAUAAACGACCCAGCUAAAUGCCACAACAUUAGCUAAAGGCUAGAUUGAUCCUUACAAAGACACCCGCCACCCGCCGAUCUCCAGUUACCAAAGGGCCUACCCGUCAGCUCAAAACCGCAACUUACUGCCAAGGAGCAAGCGACAAAGUUGUUGAACUUUAAUGUCUUCAGGCAAAAAGGUAGUGUCACAACUUUGUCGAAAAUAGCAGAGGUUGUAGAACGGUCGAAGGAAUGUGGAAAAGGGCCAUAGUCUCGCAGGUACUGUCAUAAGUUUCCAAUGUUCCCGAAGCUAACACUCAUUUUGACUUGCCUGUGAGCAUUGGCGUCUACAUGGGCUUAACGCCAUAACUCUCUCCGGUGUAUAUCAUCAAGGGUGCCUCAAAGGCGAAACUCGUAUGUAAUUUCCACCAUCUGCUGUAGUUGUGCCAGCCGGCUCACGUGGUCGCCAACGCGGUUAUCUACGCAUACCGCCUUCGGUCCGCCAACGGCUCCCGUCAGUUUACUGCUUGAGCCGCACCUGACUUGAACUCGGCGUGGCGACAGUUUGUCGCCAAUCUAAGUUGCCCCCUUCGCUGAUUGGCUGCAGAUGGAGAAAGCUCAGACGCACUCACGCACUUCUAAGGGAUCAUAAUUGAAAUUGCUAUCACUCGCCAGGUAAGACAACUUGCUUCCAUUGCCUGCUGAGCCGCUUGCACGUCCUCUUGCUGCGGUAAAGGUCGUCCAACUAACAUUGUUUAUAUAACUUCAGGUUUUGGAAUCCUCGUUGUCGAACUAUCUCACUUCGAGCCAGUUUGCAACAGCAUCACACAGGUCUGGGGGGCCAGUCGCGGACCGAAACGCGAAGGACAAGGCAGAGGAUAGGCCAGCAAAAACGGUGGAGUGACCACUAAAUUGUGUGCGACAGGCCUGUCUUGGGGCCCGGCAGCAAGGCCAACAAUACGAAGACCGCUAAGUAAGUAGUUGUGACCAUAGGGGAACAGGAAACGCCCCAAUUUGCCAGAGGCUUCCGCACCUGGAGCACCAUCUAGGGAGGCUGGAGAGGGAAAAUGUUUCUAUGUCAAAACUCCCUCUUUUUCUUCAGUCAGGACGGACCACGCUGA